AUGCCAGAUCAGGCAGUUUACGCGAGCACAUUCUUCCAUCGUCCACAGAUUCGUCAAGGUCCCGACGUCCCUUACAAGAAUGAAGCAGGCUCCAAUCCUGUGCUUCGCGGCGUUGCCUUAGCUGCUGUCUCCAAGAUCAUUUCGUCGUCCACCUGGAUUCAGAGCGUCUUCUGGAAACUCAACGGCUUCGACAAGCUCAAGCAUACAGAGUUUCUAGAUGAAUACGAGAUUCGACUCGACCCCACGGUCGUACCUCGAUCUGCUACCUCUGAGAGCCCCGUGCCCAGCUUGACAGAAUUACCGUCGCCUCGGCCUCGAGCUUCGAACGCAAACUACUACACUUGUGCCGACUUCCACGAAUUGUACAAGUCUGGCAAAGUUACCCCUUCCGAUGUCAUUGAGUACCUGUUACCCCUGAUCCGGCGAGACACCCAGCCUUCUGGUCAAUACUCCGUCGCCUUUAUCGAUUCCAAAGUCGACUUGGUACGAGCCGCCGCAAAAGCUUCCACCGAAAGAUAUCAAGCCGGCAAUCCGCUCAGUGUUCUAGAUGGCGUGCCUUUGGCCGUGAAGGAUGAGGUGGAUCUAAAAGGAUACAACAAGACUCUUGGCAGCAAGCUUGAUUUCACCGACAAAGAAGACCGUACAGCAUGGUGUGUGCAGAAAUGGCAGGAGGCGGGUGCCGUGAUAAUAGGAAAGACCAAUAUGCACGAGGUUGGCUUGGACACCUCCAACAACAACCAGACCUGGGGGACCCCGUUGAAUCCGCACAAUAACGGCUUCUAUACUGGCGGCAGCUCUGGUGGCUCCGGGUUUGUUGUUGCGGCCGGCAUUUGCCCAAUUGCACUGGGUGUUGAUGGCGGUGGUUCAAUUCGAUUACCCUCUGCGUUUUGCGGUAUCUAUGGCCUCAAGACCACUCAUGGUCGUGUAUCUGCCAGAGUGGGCAAAGACUGGGUGGACACUGUUGUGGUCCAGGGUCCCAUGGCUUGCAGCAUUGAUGACCUCGCCUUAGGCUACCGAGUAAUGGCUCAACCCGAUCCCGGCUCAAUGAGAAGCUCUGGAUUCCCCAGCAGUCUAAUUACGGAGCCUUGCAGCCCGGCCAAUGGAAAGAAGUAUCUAGGGAUCGAUCGAAGCUGGGUCAACCGGUCGGAUAAGGUGGUGCUGGAUAUGUUCAACGCUGCCAUCGACGGAUAUGUCCAAAUCCAGGGCUAUGAGGUGAUCGACAUCAAGAUUCCCUACAUACCAGAGGGACAGAAGGCUCACGCAUUGACCAUUUUGUCCGAAUGCCGCAGUCAGAUUGUCCCCCCAAAGAUCUCCAAGCUUUCCUGGCACAAUCAGCUGCUUCUCAAUGUCGCCGGCGGCCACGCGACGGCUCAAGAUUUUAUAUAUUCUCAGAAAAUGCGCAAUCUUCUCAUGUGCCAUCUGGCGUGGCUGUGGCAUCAGUAUCCUGGAAUGCUGAUACUGACGCCCACGACGCCUUGCGCUGGAUGGAAGAUUGGCAAGCCGAGCGACAUUACCAGCGGCUACGGUGUGAGCGACGGCGACAUGAGUUUGAGAACCAUGGAAUACGUCUAUCUGGCGAACUUCACGGGCAACCCGGCCAUCACUUGUCCAAUGGGAUAUACGGAUGAGAAUGUUCCAGUCGGUCUUAUGGCCAUGGGUGAUUGGGGCAGUGAGGAACACCUGAUCGCUUUUGGCAAAGAAGGCGAGUCGUUCCUUGCCGGUGGGAGCGGCAUUCGGCGCCCGAGGGAUGAGAAGAUGUGGAUUGACGUCCUCGCUGGCAAGAAGUCUGAGGAAUAA